AUGGCCGCACGCCCCGGACCGCUCUGGCUUCUGGGCCUGACGUUGUGCGCGCUGGGCGGGGGCGGCCCCGGCCUGCGACCCCAGCCCGGCUGUCCCCAGCGACGUCUGGGCGCGCGCGAGCGCCGGGACGUGCAGCGCGAGAUCCUGGCGGUGCUCGGGCUACCCGGGCGGCCCCGGCCCCGCGCGCCACCCGCCGCCUCCCGGCUGCCCGCGUCCGCGCCGCUCUUCAUGCUGGACCUGUACCACGCCAUGGCCGGCGACGACGACGAGGACGGCGCGCCCGCGGAGCAGCGCCUGGGCCGCGCCGACCUGGUCAUGAGCUUCGUCAACAUGGUGGAGCGAGACCGUGCUCUGGGCCACCAGGAGCCCCAUUGGAAGGAGUUCCGCUUUGACCUGACCCAGAUCCCGGCUGGGGAGGUGGUCACAGCUGCGGAGUUCCGGAUUUACAAGGUGCCCAGCAUCCACCUGCUCAACAGGACCCUCCAUGUCAGCAUGUUCCAGGUGGUCCAGGAGCAGUCCAACAGGGAGUCUGACUUGUUCUUUUUGGAUCUUCAGACGCUCCGAGCUGGAGACGAGGGCUGGCUGGUGCUGGAUGUCACAGCAGCCAGUGACUGCUGGUUGCUGAAGCGUCACAAGGACCUGGGACUCCGCCUCUAUGUGGAGACUGAGGAUGGGCACAGCGUGGAUCCUGGCCUGGCCGGCCUGCUGGGUCAACGGGCCCCGCGCUCCCAACAGCCUUUCGUGGUCACUUUCUUCAGGGCCAGUCCGAGUCCCAUCCGUACCCCUCGGGCAGUGAGGCCACUGAGGAGGAGGCAGCCGAAGAAAACCAACGAGCUGCCGCAGGCCAACCGACUCCCAGGGAUCUUUGAUGACGUCCACGGCUCCCACGGCCGGCAGGUCUGCCGUCGGCACGAGCUCUACGUCAGCUUCCAGGACCUCGGCUGGCUGGACUGGGUCAUCGCCCCCCAAGGCUACUCAGCCUAUUACUGUGAGGGGGAGUGCUCCUUCCCGCUGGACUCCUGCAUGAACGCCACCAACCACGCCAUCCUGCAGUCCCUGGUGCACCUGAUGAAGCCAGACGCAGUCCCCAAGGCGUGCUGUGCACCCACCAAGCUGAGCGCCACCUCUGUGCUCUACUAUGACAGCAGCAACAACGUCAUCCUGCGCAAGCACCGCAACAUGGUGGUCAAGGCCUGCGGCUGCCACUGAGUCCACCCGCCCGGCCCUACUGCAGCCACCCUUCUCAUCUGGAUCGGGCCCUGCAGAGGCAGAAAACCCUUAAAUGCUGUCACAGCUCAAGCAGGAGUGUCAGGGGCCCUCACUCUCUGUGCCUGCUUCCUGUCAGGCUUCUGGUCCUUUCUCGGUACCUCUGUGCCCCUCCCCUGGGGUUUGUGGCUGUCACUCUGCCCGACACUUUGGUGGCCUAAGGCACACAGCAGCCUCAGAGCCUGUGCUGACUGCACUGUCUGGAGUCAGCACAGAAGUCCUAUCUUAGGACCUGUCAGACUGUGGCUGGCCCCGGAUGGUCUGAGGUUGGCUGACCCGAGCUUUUCUCCAUUCACCAGAGGGUUUAGGUGUGAGGAGGAGGGCUCUGCCUCUUCCCAGGUACAACACUGGCCAUUUCUGGGCAAAAUUGGACACGCUCAUGUUCUCAGCACAGUGUGUUCUGGGAUUCUUCUCAUUUGGUCCAGGGUGCAGUUAGCAUAUUAGAAAAAGAAUAAGCUGGACAUCCCCACGAAGCCACUGGGGAUUUUUUUUUUUUUUUUUUUUUUUUUUUCCAGACGGAGUCUCACUCUGUCACCCAGGCUGGAGUGCAGUGGUGCAAUCCUGGCUCACUGCAACCUCUGCCUCCCAGGUUCAAGCAAUUCUCGUGCCUCAGCCUCCUGAGUAGCUGGGAUUACAGGGGCCCACCACCAUGCCCAGCUCAUUCUUGUAUUUUUAGUAGAGACGGGGUUUCACCAUAUCCGCCAGGCUGGUCUUGAACUCCUGACCUCAGGUGAUCCACCCGCCUGGCCUCCCAAAGUGUUGGGAUGACAGGCAUGAGCCACCGUGCCUGGCCACUGGGGAUAUUUUAUGUCAUGUGUAUUCCCUUGCCCUGGGCCUGCCCCUUCUCCUGCCUGGGAAAGAGGUAUGACUCCCACAGGAGCAAAGAAUCCUGGGGGCUUCCAGUUCCCUCCACCAUCUCUACCAUGCUGACCCAUUUGGGGCUCAGCACUGAGACAGAGGCAAGACCAGCAGCUCCAACAUGUAGUGUAGGCUGGCACAGAGCAAAUGCCCCCGCAGCCUACUCCCCUUGCCCAUGGCUCAUGUCAGUAAUCAACCUACGUACCUUUCCCACGGAACCAGGACAGGGCCUCCAGGCCUCAGCACAGAACUGCAGACAGCCACCACCAGGCAUUGUCAAUAAGACCUCAGUUCCCCCUCCUGCCCCACUGCGGAGCAAUCCAUUCCAUCCAAAGCAGGGUGACUGGCAGUCUCCGGCCAGGCAUGGGGCAAGGGUGGGGACUGCCAGUGUUUGCUUGUGUCUAGGAGUUAUGAACAAGCUGGCCACCAAAAUUGGCGUCACCCUGGGUGCCCACCAGCGCUGUCCUGUGUCUUGGGUCUGUGAGUCAAAGAAAAGGUCCCUGUCCCAGGGAGUGACAGGCAGUAAUUAGGCUGAGUUGGGUGGGGAGGUUUGUCUCGGCCUCCACUGUUCCCGGAAACCGCUGUUCUCCUUGGAGCAGCCACUGGGAGUUGGAGUGUUUAUUUGAUUUCUGACUUGCUAAGCCUGUAAUUUACCUGCUGGAACAGACAGAGUCCAGCUGCCCAAACCGUGUCAUUAAAAGCAGAUCCUGGGCCCGCCCCAUCCACAGGCACAGCCUGGCAGAGUGGUUCCACCUCCCCAUGGGCCCAAGGAUGCGCCUCUCUGGAGUUCACGUGCUGCACCCCCAGGGAGGGGCCUGGGGAGAGCUGGUCCAGCAGCAGGGGUGGAGGCUGGGGCCACGCUGCGGGACAGCAGCCCCUCCACCUGGACCAGGGAGGGCCUCCAUGUGCAAGCGCAGAGGAAGAGACCCUCUCAUGUACAUAAAGGGUGGGCCCAGGCUGUCUGGAAGAUGGUGAGUUCCCCACUAGUCUAAGGCUUCAAGCUCAGCUAGCAGAGAUUGGAAGAGGCAAUGGCCUGAGUGUUAGGAGACAGGUAUUCUGGUUCCAACUCAGCCACUGACUUGGUGUCAGGACAAGUCCCCUUUCUUAUUCACGCUUCAGUUUCUCAUCUGCAACAUGAGGACGUAGGACUCUUUAAUUCCAAAGGCUCUUCCAACCCAGAGAACCCAUCUGCCCCCAUGACCUUCUCUCAGAGCUUGAGACAUGGCCUGAGCCCCCUGCUGCCAUAGGACUUGGGGCCUAUCUGCCAUUGCAGGACCUGAUUUAACAGCUCUCUUCUUCCAAUACUGGGCAGUAGAGUUUUGGAAACUGACAAAUGUGUGGUCUCUUCAGUGCCCAGUGUGUAACCUGGCAUGGUUUGGGUGUGCUAGGAGUUUGUGAAAUGAAUGUUUUCAAGACGCAAACGCUGCUAUGCCCAUCAGGUGUGCACAGCAGGCCUGAGGAUCAUGAUGAGACUCCCUUUUUACGCAGCAAAGCACAAAGUGUGACAGUCGUGGCCUUCCUGGUGGCCAGACUUCUAGCAACUUUAGCCACCCACCAAAUGACAUCACAUACAGAAGGCCUCAGAAAGGGAGGAGGUCGUAAGGACACACAGCUGAUGAAGGGUCAGUGCUCAGCUAUCAAGGUCAUCUUCUGGCCUGGUUGCCUCCCACAGCCCAGGAUGCAUUCAAGGCUGCACAUCAGGAGCAUAAAUAAGGGUGGUCAGCUCAGGCCCACUGGCUGCAACAAGUAGCCACUGACAGGGAGUCUGGGGCCAUUUGGUGCAGAACAACCCCCAACCCAGUGGCCAUCUUCACAACUGCAGCACAGUGCUGGCCCUAAUGCCAGGUGAGCAUGCAAAGUCCUGUUUCUUUGUCUUUACAUAGGGACCGGGCGAUGUGCUUUAGAGAAAUCCCCUAUUAUUUCACAGGAAAGGAGGCUGUGAAAAGGAGAGGGCAGGUUUUGGAGCCAAGUCGACCUGGCAUCAGGUCCUGGCUGCCUUUUUUUUUUUUUUUUUUUUUUUUUAAGACAUACAUGGUCUUGCUUUGUCGCCCAGGCUGGAGUGCAGUGGCAGUGUCAUGGCUCACUGCAGCCUCAACCUGCUGGGCUCAAGCAAUCCUCCCACCUCAGCCCGAGUUGCUGGGAUGACAGGCACACGCCACCAUACCCAGCUAAUUUUUAUAUUUUUUAUAGAAACCAGGUCUCACUAUGUUGCCCAGGCCGGUCUUAAACUUUGCCCAGGCCAGUCUUGAACUCCUGAGCUCAAGCAAUCCUCCUGCCUCAGCCUCCCAAAGUGCUAGGAUUACAGGCGUGAGCCACUUACCCGGCCUCUGCCUCUUGUUAAUUUGACCACAUCACGUACCUGCUGUGCCCGUUCCUUCCUCCGUAGAAGAGCGUGCUGGUCCUGCCCUUUUGAGGCCUCCAUGAGGGCCAAAUGUGCCAUGGGACACUUAGUGCCAUGCCUGGCAGACCUGUGGAAUAAACAGCAAUUCUGAGCAGGCUCAUUUUAAAGGGACUUGCAAAUUUGGGCGUUCCUUGUGUGCCUUCCUCAUAAAACCCACUCCUCCCAGAAUAUGCUUAGAGGUGCUGCUGUAUUUACCUGAGAGCUGUGCUUUUCAUCAAAAACCUAAACGUGAUCCUCUCUUGGAUGAGGUGCGGCCCUGCACCCUCGCCUGCUCGUGGAAGGAGUCUGGGCCAGCAGUGACCCACGCGCUAGGGUCUCUGCUGAGGAAGUGGCAGGUGUGCGGCCCUGCCCUGGCCCCGUAGUGAGUGUGGGGCCCACCUGUGCCCUCAUGGGCAGCUGAAGGGGGAGCUUUCUACCCCAGGUUCCUUUCCUUACUGAAAAGUCUUGAGCAAACAGUUGCCACUCUCCACCCCCUGCUUUUUAAAAAAAUUUUUUUCUCACGUAAGAAAAUGUUAUCUGUGUGCUGGGGAAAAUUUUGAAAAUAACAAAAACCAGAAUACAAACACCCAUAAUCAAUCACAGAGAUAACCACUGUUCAUAAUUCCUUCCAGUCUUUUUACUUGGCACAUAUACAUUUGUCUUUCUUUAUAUAUGACAUAUGGAUAUUUUACAAAGUUAGGAUCCUACUCUAUGCACUGCUUGGUGAUCGGAUCUAUUCAAUGUAUGAAAUAUUUUGAAAGUUUCUGUGAUUAAAUGUUCUUUGAAAACAUAA